AUGAAAAAACGAAGUGAUCUAGGAAUAGUGAGACGUUCCGAAAGCGCAUUACUGGAACGAAAAAAGAAAGUAUGGAAAUUCUUAGAAAAAUACAUUGAGAAGUUGUUGGUGGCUCCUGAAAAUAAUAUGAAUUCAAUGAUAACAUUAUCCGAAGUGCGUGAGGUAUGCUUGCGAUGUCGAGAAACAUUCAGGAUGGAAAGCACUCUACUUCGUAUAGAUCCACCCAUUUAUAUUUUGGGCGAUAUACACGGACAAUUCCCGGAUUUAGUGAAAAUCAUCUCAAAAAUAGGCACACCGCCACGUAAACGUUAUUUAUUCAUGGGUGAUUACGUGGAUCGAGGACAAUGGAGUCUUGAAACUGUCUCACUAUUAAUGGCGUACAAGGUUCGCUACCCGAAACAUCUUUAUAUGCUGCGUGGCAAUCAUGAAACACGUGCUGUAAACAGAAUAUACGGUUUUUUUGAGGAAUGCAUUCAACGAUUCCCAAACAAGAAUGCCGGAACUCAACUAUGGACAUUAUACCAACAUACUUUCAACUGUAUGCCAUUCGCAGCCCUGAUUGGCGAACGCAUAUUCGCAGCACAUGGGGGAAUUUCUGAAGAUCUUCUUAACUGGAACCAAUUCGAACGAAUUUGCAGACCAACAGAUAUUACUGACAUUGGAUUCAUCAACGAUCUCAUAUGGGCCGACCCUGGUAAUUUCCCAGGAAAAUAUAUUCAAAGCCCCCGCGGAGUCUCACAGCUUUUCGGAAAGCAAGCAACCGAAGAAUUUCAACAAAAACUAAACAUUGAUCUUAUUAUCAGAGGUCAUCAAGUUGCUCAAGAAGGAUUUGAAUUCCUUCACGAUAGAAAGUGUUUAACAAUAUUUUCUGCACCAUAUUACUGUGGCGAACUCAACAACAAAGCUGGAAUAUUAUAUGUAGCUGAAUCUUUACACUGCACAAUAUAUCAAUUCAGGGGUGCAAAAAAAAUGGGACGACAUGGUAAAAGUGAUACGCCACAAAGUAAGGAGGAAAAACCGAAAGCCAAACAUGAUGAAUUGCUGAAAAAUGCCGUAUCCAUGAAUGGCAAGCAAAAGGAAAACGCAGAGAAACAAAAAAAAUCUAUGGAGCAGAGGAAAACAGAAUUUGAAUCAUUAAAUGUAGUAAUUGAUGAUGAGAAGAUAUUCAAUAGGAAAUUAAGUGAAAACAAGAAAAAGAAAGAUAGUGAUUCAGCAAUGGAUGAAAAGAAUAAAGAAUAUGAUUGGAAAACGCAAGAUGAAUGA